UUGUUCGUAUUCCUCAACGGAUGGUGUCGGUGACUACAGUCUCAAUAUUGUAACGAUAGAAUCUUGAUUUUUUUCAUACGAUCAAAAUUGUUAUACAUAUCGUGGCAUAACUCAUUUAAUACUAAUAUUGUCUGUAUUCAAAGAUGAAGUUUUUUACUCUAAUAUUCGCAAUAAUUUGUGUCGUUACUUCCACUUUUGCAAAAAUUGAAACCGAAGAUUCGGUUUUAGUGCUUACAAAAGAUAAUUUUGAAGAAGCUAUCGAACAAUAUGAUUAUUUGCUUGUUGAAUUUUAUGCACCAUGGUGUGGACAUUGUAAAUCUUUAGCACCCGAAUAUGCUAAAGCAGCUAAAAAGUUAGAAGAGGAUGGUAGUCCUGUAAAAUUAGCUAAAGUUGAUGCAACAGUUGAAAUUGAAUUAGCUGAUAAACAUGAACUUCGUGGAUAUCCUACUCUUAAAUUUUAUCGUAAAGGGUCUAUUAUUGAUUAUAGUGGUCAUCGUCAAGCACAUGAUAUUAUAAAUUGGGUAACAAAAAAAAGUGGUCCUGCUUAUAAACACUUGACAACAGUUGAUGAAGUUAAAUCAUUUAUAGAACCAAAAGAUGUUGCUAUUAUAGGAUUCUUUAAGGAUAUGAAAUCAGAUGGUGCAAAUGCAUAUUUAAAAGUUGCUAAUGCUCUUGAUGAUCAUGUAUUUGGUAUAAGUGACAAUGAUGAAGUUUUCAAUGAAUAUGGAGUAGAAAAUGGUAAAAUUGUUAUAUUUAAAAAGUUCGAUGAAAGCAGAAGUGAACUUAAUGAAGAACUUGAUGUUAAAAAAUUACAAAAUCUUAUCUUUGUAUAUACACUUCCUUUAGUUGUUGAUUUUAAUCCAGAUACUGCACAAAAAAUAUUUGAUGGUAAUAUUAAGAAACAUCUUCUUGUCUUCCUUAGUAAAGAAGCAGGUCAUUUUGAAGAAUAUAUAGACAAGAUUAAAGAACCAGCAAAAAAAUUCCGUGGGGAGGUUGUAUUUGUAAAAAUUAAUGUUGAUGAAUCUGAUCAUGAACGUAUCUUAGAAUUCUUUGGUACAAAGAAAGAUGAAGUACCUGUUAUGCGUAUUAUAACACUUGAGCAAAAUAUGACUAAGUACAAACCAGACAAACCAGAAUUAACUAGUGAAAAUAUUGUGGAAUUUGUAACUGCAUUUCUUGAAGGUAAACUGAAAAAACAUUUGCUUACAGAAGAUUUACCAGAAGAUUGGGAUAAGAAUCCUGUAAAAGUUCUUGUUGGUACUAACUUCCAUGAAGUUGCUUAUGACAAAAACAAGAACGUUUUAGUUGAAUUUUAUGCACCAUGGUGUGGACAUUGUAAAAACUUGGCUCCAAUAUACGAAGCACUUGGAGAAAAAUAUAAAAAUACUGAAGAUUUAGUUAUAGCAAAAAUGGAUGCUACUGCAAAUGAAUUAGAAGAUGUAAAAAUUAUUGAUUAUCCCACAAUUAUACUCUUUAAAAAAGAAACAAAUGAGGCUGUAGAAUACCUUAAUAGAAGAACACUUGAAGGACUUUCUGAAUUCAUCGACUCUAAUGGUACUUCUAGAGUGGCUUCAGAAGAAGUUCAAGAAGAUGAUGAAGAUGAUGAUGUGCCAAGAAAAGAUGAAUUAUAGACAUAUAUCACGAAAAAAAAAUUUUAAUAAUUCCUUAUAACUACUGUUUAUAAACAUUGUAAUUCUACUUCAAAGAUAUUAAUUUAUAGAAGACUUCUUAAUCAUUCAUUUUUUAUUUAAGUUCAUAAG